AUGGUACCAGUGAUCGAGUACGUCUACACGUUCAAGGUUCGGUUAUUGCACAACUCGAGUGCCAGAGAAACGUUAUUAUUAUCAGAAUGGGUUGGCAUGGGGGAUCGUCUUCGAUACUGUUGUCUUAAAGCUGCUGUCAGACAAGUGACGCUGGAUACGUGGAUGGAGCUGCUGGUAUCGUCGGCGGCGUUGAGCAAGAAAGAAAUGCGGAACAAUCUCAGCGAGCGGCUAAUCGACUUCUUGUAUGGGUUGCAGCCUGUGCAAUAUCAGGACGCGAUGGAUAAAAUCCAAACGACGUGGAUCCAGGCAAUCAACGACCACGAUAUAGUGGUACGUGCUGUAUUUGCUUUGAUCAAGAACGUUCGUCUAGUCGGAUUCUGGCGAAACUUGCUCGAUGCUUUGACCACGUGGCUUAAACGGAGGUUCGACUCUCCUCAGCUGCCAUCACUGCGCACAAUUCAUCAGCAUUUUGCUAAAGAUUGGGAGCCCUACGUGGAACUGUCUCGUGUUGAGUGCUUUACAAACACUCCUACUGCAGUGCCUGUGCCGCUUCAUGUGGCUUUAUUCGAGUUCGGCGAUUUUGUCUUGCAAGCGUGUAUCAAUGCAACACAGUCGUCGCCUCUAUUGUGGCGGAUUAUUCGUCGCACGUCACCAUAUUUUUUUUCAGAGGAUUCUGAAGUCGUUAUGAGCUCGGAGGCGCUCGACGGAGACCCCGAGUUCUGGAUCCGAGGUCACUUAAUAGUCAAAUACCAACCUGCCGACCAAGGAGGUGCCGUCGUGACGGAGGAAACGCAAAUAAAAUACCAACACUGUCGAGAUCAUCCUAGGACCGAAGGAUGGGUACAUUAUGAAGACCCACAACACAACUACUACCGUCGCACCAUAUGCACCGUUAGUGGUAAACUUUUCUUAUGGGGUGACCCGAUCUGUAGUUUGUAUCACCAGUUACUGCAGACGACAUUAUUCUACUGCGCACCUGGAAAUAAAGACUCGGAUGUCGGAGAUAUCUUAACCGUGUCAGAGAUGCAGCAGCUUCCAGUAGAGACGUUAGUGCUGGUACUCUGCAGUGACCAUCUGCGCAUUCCAGAGGGAGAACGGACGCUGUUGCGGUGCUUGAACAAGAUGAUAUUCGGUCUCAAUGUUUAUCAUCUCGGCCCUGAUGCUCAGCUGCCGCGAUCUCACUCGGGUGCAGUGGAGGAUGUGACGAGACUUUACCGGAGCGUCCGCUGGUGCUUCAUACCACUAGACAACAUCAUACAGACACUGAGGUGGACGCCACGCACGUUGAAACUAUACGAAAUCGUUGUAGAGAGUUUGAGGAAUUCAAAUGGAUGUCACAAGCGCCAACGCCCAUUUGGGUGGCGCAAGCACCGGGACGCGUACAUGACGAACGAAACGAAUUUGAGUGAGUUCGAAAUUGAAGCUGGCGAUUUGCACCUAGCACCGGCUGAAGUUACUGAGCGUACGAGGCCAAGCCCUGCGCUCUGGUCGUUGUAA